UGCAGUAAUCUGGCACGGGCGUCAAAGAACUUGGCGCCUAUCGCAGCGGCCGCUCAAGAUGCAACCAGCCAAGCGGGUGAGGCCAUGGUGAGUCCCCCGUGGAAUGGGACAUCAGCGAAUGCAGCACAGACUGGGAAGCUCGCUUAGAUGGGAGUUGCUGGCAGCUCACAACCAGGUCCGAGGAUUUGGCUCCGGCGCCGACCUCCGUAGUGAUGCCAGUGGCAGCAGCGUUACGCAAUGGCCGGAGGAUGAGGCCCCGCAGUACUUGGACGUCAAGGAUGAGACCCCGCAGGUGUACUUGGACGCCAAGGUUGGCCAGUGCCAGGCGGCGCGUGCUCUGUCCACAGAGCCGGUGGCGGUGCAGGAAGUUCAGGUGGCGCACCUCCCAGUUCACGCUGCGGGCACGUUGCGGCGGGCGCCGCAGAGCGCACGGGGGCGGCUCUACGGCCCCGCCACGCCCGUUUUCGGCGUGGGCCAUCGCCGGCUGCCUUCUGGAAAAAGCGACGGGAGCUGGCGCGAGAGGGGCGCGGACUUCGAACAUGCAACGGCUCCCCCUCCACAACCUCGAGAUGUGGCGGUGGAGACGCAGAGAGAGCGACAAAUCGCGGCCGCGCCGGAACAUGCCCAGCAAGAGCCCUUCCGCGUGCUGAAGCAAAGCCAGCAGACGCAGACGGAGCGACCACUCAAAGCUGGGGAUCGGCCGGAGCCCAUCCGAGUGGUAAAGGUGGACCAGCAGACGCAGACGCGACGCAAAGCUGAGCCAGCUGCAACUGAAGUCUCUGUUACCUCUCCGUGGGAUGCAUCCUACUGGUACUUUGCCGCCUGGCGUUCUGGAGUCAUCAUCCAGAGACUCCAAAGCGAGGGGGAAAGACGUGACGACUUCAUGCGGCAGCAAGCAGCCGAGAUGCAGGCAAUGGCAAAGGAGCAUAGCCUCUUGCGUCAGCAGCUGGCUGAGUACCAGGCGCUCGCCCGUUCCGGGCGUGAGGUGCGCCCGGAGGCGUCGGACGCGGCGAUGGCAGAGCUGCGCUCGCAGCUUUUCCACGCGGAGGAGGAGGCGAUGCGGAUGCAACUGGAGGCGGUGCAGUGGGAAUCCAGGCAGCCAGAACUUCAUGCGAAGCCAGACUUGGAGGUGCUGCAGCUCAGAGAAGAGUUGGAGGAGGUGCGCCUCACCGAGGAGGAGAACGCCCAGGCCGAGUGCGCCGUGCUACGGAUGUUGCGCUCGGAGAUCAAUUCGCGGGAGCCGUUCGCGGAAGCGGCCGCGCCUAAGGCGCCGAGCCGAAGAAGCUCCCAUCGGGCGGAGCUGAUUUUGGUGCAGGAGGUGGAGGCUGCCCAGGAACGGUGCAUUCGACUCACGGAUGAGGCCCGCGUGCAGGACAUCGUAUGCCGGCGCCUGCGCUUGGACGAGGAGCACUUCCAGCAGGAGGAGGGCCGCUUCGCGCGGCAGCUGGCGCAGUGGACACCGCAGGUGGCUGAGCUCCAGACAGAGCACCAGGCGGCGCUGCUGGGCUUGAGCGAGGCUCAGGAGGCUGCUGAGAGGAACACCUCGAGGCAGCGCGAGGCCUUGGAGGCCAAAGAGGCCUCGGAGAUGCGGCGGAGCGAGGUGGAGCUGUGCCUGGCUGAGGUGGCCGUGCGGGAGGCCGCACAGUCAGAGAAACUUCAAGAGGCCCGCGUGAAGAUGGCGAUGGGGCGCCUUGAUGACCACGCUGUCCGGCUUGCGCAGAAGCUGCAACGGAUUCAGCAGCUGAGACUUCUGAGGGCCUGCGCCAUCCCCUGGUGGCACCUGGCGCACACGGCGCAGCUUUUACGGCGCUGCCAGGUGCCGGACGCGCUGGAUCUGCAGCUCGAUCUCACCGGCGGUGCGGCAGCCCUCGCUGCGGACGAGGCGUUGCGCAGGGCUGAGGCGCGGUGCGAGAUCUCUCGCCUGAAGAGCGAGGCCCUCGAGGCCGAGGUGGCUGCAGCGCUGAGCGAAGCCAAGGCGACUGGUCAGGCAGGUGGCGGAGCUGACACUGAGGACUCGCUGCAACUCUUGGAUCCACUUCAUACCGCGCACGUGAGGCAGCUGUCGCAUUGGGCCUUUGCCGGUUUGCUUUUCCUGCUGCGGACCAGCUUCCGCGCCUGGCGCGGCCAAGCUUCGUUUGCGAGCGUGCAGGCCACGGCCAGCGCCACGGCUGGCAGCCUCCAGACCUCCAGGCUGGCGCUUCUCUGCCUGCGGGCCUUGUUCGCCAUUUGGUGGCAAGCCACCAUGGCGGCCAAGGGCAGGAUCCAGUGGCUCACCGGCCAGGCCCGCUCCAUUCGCCCGGGCAUGUAUCGGCGAGCCAACCGCCGCACCCAAGGCGCGCUUCAGCUGCUGGAGCGUGUCUGGUUGCUGCGUUUUGUGCUUUCCCUUUGGUCCACCGUGGUCUUCGCCAAGGCAGACUGAAGGCAAGAGCUAGCGAGUGAUCGCAUCGGGCAAGUGCAAAUGUACAAUGCGCAGCGCUUGAAACCAAUUCAGCGGCCAAUGCUUUGACGGCUC